GAGAGAGAACAAAAACAAAUACAAACCAGUCGAGUUCCGAAUCUUCACUUUACAGUGGUGGAGAAGAACUGAAGAAGAAAAAGAAGAUGAUAAGGAAACGCUUAAGCUUUAAUGGCGGACUAAGCGAGAGCUCGACAACGACGACGUCAACGUCCAAGGAGGAAGAAACCAAGUGGGAGAUGCGGCCAGGAGGAAUGCUGGUGCAGCAACGAUGCGAGAAAAACGAUUCUUCUGCUCCGAUCCUGGGGCUAAGGAUCGCUUACGGUGCUCUCCGUUACGAGAUCUCUAUUAAUUCUCAAGCCACUUUUGGGGAACUGAAAAAACUUCUAGCGGCGGAGACGGGAAUGCAACCGGCGGAGCAGAGUUUGUUGUACAGAGGAAAAAAGAGAGAGAACGGAGAGUACUUGGACAUGUGUGGUGUGAAGGAUCGAUCCAAGGUGGUGAUGAUGGAGGAUCCGGCGAGCAAAGAGAAGAGAUUCCUGGAGAUGCGUAGGAAUGCGAAGAUCCAGAGCGCUCAUCGUGCCAUUUCUGACGUCUCUAUGGAAGUUGACAAGUUAGCUGAUCAGGUUUCUGCAAUUGACAAGUCAAUUGCAAAUGGGAUUAAGGUGCCAGAAGUUCAAAUAACAACUUUGAUUGAGAUGCUGAUGAGACAAGCAAUCAAACUAGAUAGUAUCCCCACAGAAGGAGAUACCUCUGCUCAAAAAAACUUGCAGGGAAAGAGAGUGCAAAAGUGUGUUGAAAACCUAGAUGUGCUCAAGAUCUCAAAUGCAAGAGUAAAACCUGUAGUCGUCACUACCAAGUGGGAGACCUUUGAUCCUCCUACUACUACUCAAUGGGAAUUUUUUGAUUGAUUUUUUUUUUUUUUUGUUUUCUCUCUUCUUCACUUUGCCCAUUCAUUUUUAUGUACUUAUUCUUAGAAAACUUAAAACAAGUUAUUCUAGUUGUACUUUAUAAUCCUCUUAACAAGCUCUCCAAAUAAGCUAUUCUCUACUUGAUUGAUUG